AUGGGCGGUUUCCAUGGAGUCGUUGGGACCCAAGAUGCGGGCAAGGUCCACCACGUCACAGAACGGCUUGUCGCCUUUGAAUAUAUUACAUCCAGUGCCAAUGAAAAACCUCACAGCUUGGUCUUCAUAGGCGGCCUGGGCGAUGGCCUAUGUACUGUGCCGUACCUCAAGAAUCUCUCUGCUGGUCUUGAGUCUACAGAGUGGUCAUUGUUCUCAUUCAUCCCGAACUCGGCGUACGACAUGUGGGGAACUGGUCGUCUGGGCCAGGAUAUUGAAGACAUUGCACAAUGCAUUGAGUACAUCACUAAUUACAAGAAACAAUCCUUGCCAGCAAGUCAGACCAACAAAUCGCCCAAGAUUGUAAUCAUGGGACACUCCACAGGUAGUCAGGACGUCUUGCAUUACCUAUACUCCCCCAACCCGCUACCCACAGAUACCGUCUUCGACAAGGGACUCCGCCACAUCGAUCGACCUGCGUUAGAUGGUGCAAUUAUGCAAGCUCCUGUCUCUGAUCGAGAAGCAAUCUUGGAUGGGAUCACUGAUGAAUAUGGGAAAUUUCGUGAUGCCGAGGUCGAAGGUGCGUAUCUGCAACUCGUCGAAAUGGCCAAGACAUGCACCUAUUCAUCAGGAAACGCAUACGAUGUCAUUUUACCUCUACCGAUGACUGCAAGGAUUGGAUAUCCGCUCGUACCACUUACAGCAAGACGCUUCCUCAGCCUUGCUUCUCCAGAUGGACCAGAAAAUCCUGGCGAGGAUGAUGUCUUCAGUUCGGAUUUGUCCGAUAAACGCCUACAGGAGACUUUUGGUAUGAUUGCAACCCGAGACCUACUCAAAACGAAGCUCUUGGUUGUGUAUUCGGGUAGCGACGAAUAUGUUCCAAAGAAGGUAGACAAGGUCAAGCUUCUGGAGCGCUGGAAGGCAGCUUCAAAUAAGUCUUUUCAGAAGGUAUGGGAUGAUGAGAACAGCGGUAUUGUUCCCGGAGCAUCCCACAACAUCGGCGGCGACGGUGAAGGCAACGCUAGAGAGGACCUGGUCAAGCGAGUUAAAGCAUAUUUGAAAGAUGUGGCAUCCGCAACCACAUGA